UAAGUUACUUAUUCUCCAGAGAAAUCCUGACAGUUCCUCUGGCAAAAAUCCCCCUGUCUCUCAAUGCCUGCCCCAAGAAAGGGCUCCAGGAUGUCACACAGAAGCUGACUCCGUCCAGAGCACAGCGGUGGCUGGGACCCAGCAAGAGCCCAGGGAGGAGUGGAGAGGAAGACAAGCAACAUAAUUUAAAGCAGACACUGUCCCAAAUAAGGUUAUUUCCCUGAAAAUGCCCUUCAUUCUGAAGCUAUGCGUGAACUUUUAGGUGUCCUGAAUGGGUGAACAUGAAUCUGAAGAAUAAUUGCAUCGAUACCAGGACUGAAUCGAUUUUGAAGAGCUGGACAUGCUUUUUAAAGAGAUGAUAAGCAGUGUUUGGGGAUGUGAGAGACCCUUGAAACAAGAGCCAUGAAACUGUACAUCAUCUUCUUCCUGGCAGUGGUGAAUAAACAAACCUCUAGCUACCAACCCCCUGAGGGGACAUCCUGUGAAAUGGUAAACUCUCAGGCAUUUUGCCACAACAAAAAUCUCCACCAAAUCCCUCGUGAGCUCUAUCCAAAUGUAAACAAAAUAGAUCUGUCGGGAAAUCUGAUUCAAAGCAUUUCUGAAAUGUCAUCAUCAUUUUACACUUCCCUUCAGUGCCUGGAUUUAAGCUCUAACCAGAUAAGUUUCAUCACGCCUGGAGUCUUUGCACACAUGAAGAGUUUGCUGGAAAUAAAUUUAGCCAACAAUCACUUGCAUGAGCUUGCUCAAAAUGGCACAGAGGGGAUUGGGCUCCUACCCAAGGUGGAAGUACUGGACUUGUCCCACAACAAUCUGUACAAUGGGAUGGCUGAGUAUUUCAUUAGAGAAGCUCCAGCACUGCAGUAUCUGUCCUUGGCAGACAACAGUAUUAUAAUGAUAUCACAAAAGAUGUUUGAGGGAUCUCCCAAUCUUGUAGAGAUAGAUCUUCAGAGCAACAUCAUCAUGGAAAUAGAAGAAGGUGCUUUUGAGACCCUAGUGAGCCUGUCCAAACUCAAUCUCUCAAAGAAUUCAAUUACUUGCAUCUCUGAUUUUAACCUCAGGCAGCUGGAGAUACUUGACCUUAGCAGGAACAGCAUUGAGACCUUCCACACCGCAAAAUCAGAUGAUGAAUAUAGCUUAAGGUGUUUGGAUCUGAGUGAAAACAAACUGUUUCAUUUCCCAGUGUUCCCUCAGGUAAAUAAGCUGGUAACUCUGAAUUUAUCAAAGAAUUUAAUCCAGCUCACUGAUGAAUCCCCUCGCAAUAAAAUGGACUAUGUGAAAAAUGAAUGGCUAAAUGCUUCUUUCCAUAUUUUUGAUCAGAAGCAAAGUAGAAACAAAAGUUCUCUUUAUUUAUCCCAGCUUGUAUAUUUAGACUUAAGUUAUAAUGAAAUCAAAUCCAUUCCAGAGGAGUUCUUUGAAUCAAUGUUGUCCCUUCACACCCUUAAUCUCAGUAAAAACUGUCUUCAGGCAUUUGCAGUAAGUUAUGACAGUGCAUUGAUCUCUUUAACUGUCCUUGACUUGAGCUACAAUGCUUUGCAGAACCUUCUCCUUGAUGCUGGUGCACUGUCAAAUUUGAAGGAGCUCUAUAUUCAAAACAAUUAUCUUCAAACACUGCAGUUUGACAUCUUCUCCAAUCUUCCUAGCCUUAGACUGCUUAAUCUACAAAGCAAUAAUAUCAGCCUUUGCAGCAUGUACUCAGGAUUAGCUAAGCAAAGACUUGCUGGAGAGGAAAGUGGUUGUGUAUCAUUUAUCAAUUCUCCUACUCUUCAGUACUUGUUCCUAGCUGACAACAUGCUGAACAUCCUACCAGCAUACAGCUUCUACAAGACUUCUCUGGUUGUCUUGGACCUCUCCAUGAACCCUGGACUGAAAAUAGAACUUAAAGCAUUAUCAGGUCUGGAAAAGUCUCUGGAAUGUUUGUAUUUAUAUGGUAAUAGGCUGAUAGAUUUAAAUAUUGACUUGCCUUGUUUUAGACACCUUAAACAUUUAAACCUCUCUGAAAAUCAGCUGAACUGGCUGCCUAAGUGGAGUAGUGACUCUCCACUAGAAGUUCUGGACCUACGGAACAACAGGUUCAGUACAUUACAGAACAGCAAUAUUUUAGCAUUAGAAAAUUCACUUAAAAAAUUGUAUCUCACCGGGAACCCACUCAGCUGCUGUGGAAACAUCUGGCUUUCAUCCAUGAUCCAGAACAAAAAUGUCCAGAUCCCCAACGUGGAGCAUUUAACAUGCCAGCACACUCAGAAUUUUGGGUACCAGGACAAAAUGCACAUCAGGAACAUUAGACCAGAAGACUGUGAAAAAGAGGAUCUGAAGAAAAUCAACUUCCUUAUUAUAUUAACAUUUGUGUUGGUUUUAUCUGUGGUCAUCAUUGGUGUGGGUUCAUUUUUUUGCUUCCGCAGGCAAAACUUUAGCCAUCAGUUUAAAGCAUAGUAACACAAAAUGUCUUGAAAACUGAAGAAAUCAGGUGCUACACUGACAGUGUGUAGAAAUAAAGGGUAAAAUUCUCAUCUUUGAUUUUCAGCUAUGGAUUUUAAGUGCUUUUGAAGUGCCCUGAAUUACACCACUGGUGUGGGUUGCAGGGAUUUGAAGGAGAAUUUGCCAUGCUUUGCAGAUCCAUA